ACUGCCAAACUGGGUACUCGCCUUUUUUGGGCAGGAAUAGAAAAAAAGAAAGGAAAGAAUAUGUCUUCAGUCAGCAUUUCAGUAUAAAAGUCUGUGUUCUGUAGAUGCUCGUCCCAUUUCACAGGCACACAAAGCCAACACGCGAGGAUCAAGCUCCAUCAUGGUGCGCAGAGUAGCGGUGAUCGGGGCCGGCCCCAGCGGUCUGACCAGCGUGAAGGCUUGUCUGGAUGAGGGCAUGGAGCCAACCUGCUUCGAGAGCAGCGAUGACAUGGGCGGACUGUGGAAGUUCAAGGAAGUGUCAGAGCCGAACAGGGCCAGUAUCUAUCGCUCCCUCACGAUCAACAUUUCUAAAGAGAUGAUGUGCUACAGUGACUUCCCCAUCCCUGCUGAUUACCCCAACUACAUGCACCACUCGAAAAUCCUGAAAUACUUCAGGAUGUAUGCAGAACACUUUAAACUGCUGCAGCACAUUCGCUUCCAGACUUCAGUGAAGAGCAUCAAGCAGAGACCGGACUUUUCCCGCACUGGUCAGUGGGAGGUGGUGACUGAGAACAGAGAUGGACAGGAGGAGCAGCAUGUCUUUGAUGCAGUUAUCUGCUGCUCCGGUCAUUACACCUACCCUAACCUGCCACUCAAAGAUUUCCCAGGAAUCGAGACGUUUGAAGGAAAAUACUUCCACAGCUGGGACUACAAGGGGCCCGAGGACAUGUACGGGAAGAGAGUGGUGGUCAUCGGCAUCGGUAACUCAGGAGGCGACAUCGCUGUUGAGAGCAGCAGAGUGGCAGAGCAGGUGUAUCUGAGCACUCGUCGUGGUGCGUGGGUCAUCCGUCAGGUGUCUGACAACGGCCUGCCGGUGGACAUGAAGUACAACACACGUUUCGUCCACAUCUUGUUCCAGCUGCUGCCGAUGCGCUUCUUCAACUGGUUCGGCGAGAACAAGCUCAACGCCAUGUAUGACCACACCAUGUAUGCCCUCAAACCCAAACACAGACUCUUCAGUCAGAUCCCAGUGAUCAACGACGACCUGCCUUUAAAGAUUCUGUCCGGGGGGGUUAUCGUCAAACCAAACGUGAAAGAGAUCCGAGGCUCCACCGUGGUGUUUGAUGAUGGCAGUUUUGUGGAGAAGGUGGACACCAUCGUGUUCGCCACAGGAUACAACUAUGAUUUCCCCUACUUACCAAGCAGCACUAUGUACAAGUCUGGGCACCGUGUGGGUUUGUACAAGCAUGUUUUCCCCCCCAACCUGGAGCAUCCCACUCUGGCUGUUGUGGGUUUCAUCCAUGCCCUUGGAGCUAUCAUGCCUCAGGCUGAAAUGCAGGCCCGCUGGGUCACACGCGUUUUCAAAGGGCUUAAAAAGCUGCCCUCAAACCAGGCCAUGCUCAAAGCUGUUGACAAGGACACAAAGGACAUUGAGAAAAGCUACAUCGUGUCAAAGUUGACACCCCUGCAGGUGGACUUUGUUUCCUACAUGGACGACAUAGCCGGAGAGAUCGGGGUGCGGCCAAGUCUGCCGUGGCUCUUCUUCACAGACUACCCGCUGUUUAAGAGGGUUCUCUGGGGACCUGUGACAGCCUACCAGUACCGCUUGAUGGGACCAGGGAACUGGGAAGGAGCCCGCAGAGCAAUCUUCACCCAGUUUGACCGCAUGUUCCAGCCCCUAAAAACCAGACAGGUGGUGGAGCAAGAACCCUCCAUUGCUGGCCGCCUGAUGAAGCUGAGCCUGACAGUCAUGGCCGGAGGAGCCGCUGUCUUCUACGUCCAUGUCCGCAACCCGACUGCCAUCCCCAACCUGCUGUCCAAGCUCAGUCCACAAACAGUCUGAACGUGGUGCAUGUGAAAAAAACAAAAACAAAACAAAACACUAAAACACUCUGAAACACACAAACCAAAUACCAUAUCUACUGUUUCUGUUUCUCCCCAGAGAAAUCUAGUUCAGUAUACUCCUGUUUGGGCUCUGAUUAUGGGAACGACUGUCCAUGCUGCUGACUAAUGCAAGAGUUAUUACUGUAUCUUUACAUUUAGUUUAUUUAAAUGCUUAAACCUCUCAUAUGGAAACAGUUUCUCCAAAAACACCUAUGUUCUCAUACAGCUAUGAGCUUUAGAGCAAACAUUACUAAUCCUGUUUGACAUUUUAUCUCAAUAAGACGAAGUUCACAUUGACCCCGGCUUCAGUAUGUUCAACAUUGUUUACCGUCAACAUUUUCCUUUCCAGCAGUAUCUCAGUCACAGCUACAGUAAACACUGAAAAAAAUGCAAACCAGGAUUUCCAAAGUCACUGUGACACACUUUGUGCAUCUUUAGACCUCCUUACACAUUCUUACUUUCCCCUGAACUACACGAAAGUCACACUACUUCCUACAUUGGAGAAGUUAGUGGAUGUAAACGGUUCUUGAAAAUAAGUUGCAUAUGAACGCAACUGAUAGAUUAGCUGGAACUGUCUUUUUAUUGCUUUGUAACUUCAGUGUUGUUUACUGGGUGGUUAAAGGUCAAGCACAACUAAGCUAAAAAUGAAAUCUUUACAUCAUAUUUAAUAAAUGAAAGAUUUUUCCAGUGCGAACAAAACAACACUUCACCUGGAUGUCGUUUUGUGUCCAGCUCUACUGAAACUUCAACAAUAAAAAUUAAUAUUCAAAGAAAGAAAAAAA